GUGGAAACCCAGGUGGUAGCCCAACCCCAGGAGGAAGCCCAAGUCCCGGUGGAAACCCAGGCGGUAGCCCAACCCCAGGAGGAAGCCCAAGCCCAGGUGGAAACCCAGGUGGUAGCCCAACCCCAGGAGGAAGCCCAAGCCCAGGAGGAAGCCCAAGCCCAGGAGGAAGCCCAAGUCCCGGUGGAAACCCAGGCGGUAGCCCAAGCCCCGGUGGUAGCCCAACCCCAGGAGGAAGCCCAAGUCCCGGUGGAAACCCAGGUGGAAGCCCAACUCCAGGAGGAAGCCCAAGUCCCGGUGAAAACCCAGGCAGUAGCCCAAGCCCCGGUGGUAGCCCAACCCCAGGAGGAAGCCCAAGUCCCGGUGGAAACCCAGGUGGUAGCCCAACCCCAGGAGGAAGCCCAAGCCCAGGUGGAAACCCAGGUGGUAGCCCAACCCCAGGAGGUAGCCCAAGCCCAGGUGGUAACCCAGGUGGUAGCCCAACCCCAGGAGGAAGCCCAAGCCCAGGAGGAAGCCCAA